UUGAGGGAACUAUUGAUAACAACCAAUUCGUGAAUUUCAUUUUCCACACGGACAAUAAUAACAGGAGAACAAAGAUGGCGUUUCUGCUCAGGUUAGGACGACUUGGAUCUGUCAAGUGUCUCCUGCGUGAAAGCUGGAGCACACCUCGGACCCCAUUUGUUGCAGCUCUCUGCACUAAAGGGGACGUCCCACCCAAAACAGCAAAGAAGGCAAAGGCUUCAACCAUAGAGGCCGAUGAGAGGGCUUUUCUACUAGCCUACAAGCCCGCAGUUGCCUUCCCUUCUAAGCUGUCUGCCACAGGAUUUCUUCCCAAAGACAUAGCUUUAGGUGAGUCUGAAACCACUGAGGCUGUGUCCACAGCCGCUGCAAAUGAGACGACAGCUGGCAGUCUAGUUGCAGAUACGGCAGCAGCUGAAGAGAUCACUGAAGUCCCACCUACUAAGGAAGUCACUACAGGAAGUGAAGCAAGUAAGGCCUCAGAUGUUGAGGCAGAAGGCCAGAAAGAUGAAGACGAUAGCUCUUCUUCAUCCUCAUCCUCCAGUGAUUCUGAUUCAGACUCUGAUUCUGAUGAUGAGAAGCCAAAGACUGAAACACCAGUCGAGUCUGGAGAGAAAGCAGCACAGAAGAAAUCUCCUGGUCUGACGAUUGAAGUAGAUGUUGCAGAUAAGGAAGCAAAGCCUGAAUCUGCCUCAGUUGGAGAAGCUCAAGAAAAUGCUGAAACUGUGACUAAAGCAAAACCAGAAGAGGUUCCUGCACCAAGUGCUAAACCAGAUGGAUCAGAUGAGACCCUUAUUGAUCCUGCCCCUAUAUUAUCUCCCUCCACAACUGAAGCAAUUCCAGAAGUGUCCAGUGAAUCAAUUACAGCUGACACUCCUGACAAGACAGUGGACACCGCAACAGAUGUUAAAAAGGCGUCUACGGAGGAGAUUGUUGUUGAAAAGGAACCAGAAAUCAAAGCUGAAGAUGCUGUCAAAGUUUCUGCAGAAGUUGUCCCAGAAGCCCCUACAGAACCUAGCCCUGAAGAAGUAGCCAAAACCGCUGUUGAAGCUAGUCAUGGAGUAGCUCCUGAGGCUCCUGGAGAUGUUGCAGCUAAGCCUGAGGAUGCAUCAUCCAAAGCUGAGGCAGGAACGCCGGCAGCCCCUUCAGAAGAGCUGGUAGACCCUGCACCUGUGGCCGGCCGCUGAUGCUGUAGACGCUCGGGCUGAGACGAACGUUGUGGAAACACCUGA